AUGAUAUUUGUCUCAUUUCAGAAAGCCCUAUACCUUGCAGCCCUGGUGGUGGCAACCCUGGGUCAGUACGAGGAGCUGAGCGGUUACGAGAACCAUGAAUUCGAUGGCUACCAUGCACACAAGCCAGUACUGCACCAACAGCACCAGCGUCUGGACGGCCAUCAUGAGGAGUUUGAUUUGGACUAUCAUGCGCAUCCCAAAUACUCCUUUGAUUAUUCCGUCAAGGAUCCACAUACGGGAGAUGAUAAGGAACAUUGGGAGACCAGAGAUGGAGACAAGGUGAAAGGCACAUACACCCUCCUGGAGACAGAUGGAACAAAACGCGUAGUGGAAUAUGAAGCCGACGACAAAAACGGCUUCAAUGCUGUGGUACACAAGAUCGGGACUCCCAAAGAACACCAUGAACCGGAAUUCAAGGCUCCUAUAGCAAUCCAGGAGUAUAAGGUCCCACUACAUAAAUACGGUCCAGUAACGUAUCAGCAUGAAUUCCAAGCUGAGGAAGGUUUUGUUCCUAUUAGUGGUGGUUUCGAGCACUGA